GUCACCUAGGCAACUAGGCAUCUAGGCAUUAAAAACUUUUUGUAAACAUAAACAUUGAAUGGAGCUCCUGAACAAUAAUUAAUUAAAUGAUUUUACAUUCUAUGCAAUAGCAUAAAAAAGUAUCAUCAUAGAAAGACACAUAAAAAACAGGAACUGAAAAUCUUUUAAAAUAUGGCAUUCAUAAUACCAGAUUCGAUAUUAGAAACAUUAAUUUGCCAUGCAUGCAGUAAAUACUUAUCUGUAAAACCUGUAAUAGUGUAUCCAAACAGAAGAGUAAAAUGUGGAAGAUGCGCAAGAAGUAAGAGACAAUCUGAUGGAGCUGUUUCUCUAUAUGGAGCUAUUGCAGAAAAGUGCCUGUUUAAAUGUGUAAAUAGGUUCGAUGGUUGUAGAGAAUUAUUGACUUAUUCCCAAGUUAGAAAUCAUGAAAAAGUUUGUGCGAGCAAAGUUUAUCAGUGCCCGAUAUGUGUUAACAAUCAUGAAUUCCCCACAUUUCUUCUUGUAAAACAUUUUAAUGAUAAACACCGGGAAUGUAUUUUAGAUGUUCCAGUAUUGUUUUUAAACAUUGAUAAAUACUCGGAAACUUCUUUAGUGUAUUUUUAUCGUUUAGAAGAUAAUGUAUUCUUUUUGCACUUAUAUGUUAGUAGAAUGGAAGAAUUAAUUAAAGUAAAUGUUUCUUAUUUAGGCAACAGUAAGGCAGCUAAUGAUAUCACUCAACAAAUCACUAUGACUUCCGAAAAAAAUUUAUUUGAAUAUAGUUCAAAAAUAAAAUCCUGCAGCGUUUUUGGUAAAAAUAAUGAUUUUUUCUCCAUAAAAAUAAAAAAUGAUUUAAAUUCGGUUUUUAUAAAGUUUAAAUUGAUAUUUAAAAAUCUACAGUUAAUUUCUGUUCCUUUAAGUACUGGACUAAACAAUUCUAAUAAUUCAAUUGAUUUUAAUUUAUUAGGGAUAUCUAGUACUGUUGUUUCUUUUAAGCCUGCAGUUCAAACUCCAUUUUCCAGGAAAAUAUUUUUAAGUUCAAAUUUUCAGCUAACUUUCCCAAAAAUUUCAUUAAGUAAAUGUAAUUUUGCAAUUGUAGAAUCUGACAUAAUUUAUUUUCUUCAUUGUUUUAAUUGUCAAGACAUUUGCUGGAGAGGACUCAGUAGAGAUAGUUUAAUACUAAAGUUUUAUUUUAGUAAGAAGUUUAGUCAUUCUAUUUGUUACUACUGUUUCCAAAUGUUAAAACAUGAAAAUAAAGUUCACGAAAAUGAUUAUAUGAUUUCAAAUUUUCACAGAGAUAUGUUAAAAAAUAUCGAAUUUUAUUGUAAAUGGAAUUGUGGUCAAACAUUUAAAGCGGAUUAUCAUUUAGGACAUGAAGAAUCAUGUGAAUUACAACCUCUUCAACAUUGUCCAGAACAAAAUUGUAACUUUCGUGGUACAAUAGUAGAAAUUGCUAGCCACAUGGUAGCUCAUCCUGGCAAAGAAAUCUGUGCAUAUUCAAAUUUUUACAUUACUGGUUUAUUUAAUAGAAAUAUGUUUGUUUUUACACAAAAUGAAUUUGUUCGAAUUACAAUUUUGAAUGACUCAGGACUUAAUAUUAGUAUUGCUUUAUGUGAAUAUGACAAUAAGAAUAACUCCAAAAAGAAACCUAUUGCUUUAUUAUUUGAUGAUAACAAAUAUUUUUUGAUGACAUUUCAGAAUAGCAUUACUAAAACUGAAGCAAAUCAUUGGAUUAAAGUAAUAUUGAUUGAUUAAAGAAAAUAUUCUUAAAUUGGCAAUUAAAAGUACUCAAAAUAUUAGUUGAUUUUCAUUAUAUACUUCC